AUGGCUCGACCCGAACCAUCAAACAUUAAUCAUUGUGUCGCUCCAUCGAUAACUUCACGUGCAAGUAAUUUUCCAAAAGAUAAUAAUCAGCGUAGUGAUGAAAUCAAAACUGAAUUUACUUCACGUGAGGGUACUUAUAAAAUCUCUUCAUUCAUCGAUAAUCUUGGCAAGAUCGGCGCCAACACAUGUCUAAGUGAACCAGUUAAAAUCACAUUACUACCGCGUAUACAAACAAACUUCGAUACGACAAACAGUCAAACCAGUUCGAGACGGUCAUCAUCGACGAAUAAUAACACUACGGGCAAUUCUAUUGAUCAUUCUAAUGAACAGAAACAAAUAUCUGCAACGAAUGGAUACGAUUCCAAUGGAAAUGUGAUUCUAACAGAUAUUUUAGCAUUUAAUAUUGGAAGAGAAUUGAUCGUUUAUGAAUUUGCUGAAGCUACACAGUUUAAUUUUGGCGAACCUAUCGAUCAUCGUGUUUACAAACAAAACCAUCAUCCGACGUGCCAUGAUAUUACUCAGCAUCCUGAUAACAAAAGUCUCCAUGUCCUUGUCGGAUUUUCUAAAGGACAAAUACAAUAUAUAAAUAUGCAAAGUAAAGAACAGAAAGUAUUCAAUGAAGGCAGUUAUCUGGAUAAAACCAAAGUGACAUGUAUCAAAUGGUUAACAAAUCCGAAAACUUAUUUUAUUGCAUCCUAUUCCAGCGGAUAUCUGUAUGUGUUUGAUGAACAAUUGAACUAUCAACGUGAUACAAAUAUUCAACCGACUUAUACAACAAUAAAAGACGAUGAAAAGAAUUUCUCUAUAUCGUACAUCAAAAAUAAAUCUAAACAAGCACGAAAUCCAGUUGCACGAUGGUCGAUAGGUAGUGGAAGUAUCAACGAAUUCGCCUUUUCACCUGAUAAUACUCUUCUUGCUAUUGUUUCACAAGACGGAUUUCUUCGAAUAUUUAACUAUGAAAAAAUGGAAUUAGUAGCUUAUAUGAAAAGUUACUUCGGUGGUCUUCUUUGCGUCUGUUGGUCGCCUGAUGGUAAAUACAUUGCUACUGGUGGUGAAGAUGAUUUCAUAACAUUAUUUACUCUGAUCCCUGACGAACAUGUAUCUCGUGUUAUAUGCCGUGGUCAUGGUCAUACAUCAUGGAUAAGUGCUAUAUCGUUUGAUCCGUAUAUGAAUGCAAAAACUUAUUAUUCGUCAUUUGUACAAACCUCAUUUGAUUACAACGAUGAUCAUGAGCAAGAUAGUUUUCAAAAAUCAACAUCAUGGUCACGGAGUGAUUCAACAUGUCUCGAUGUAACGAUUCCAUCCAUAUUCUAUCGAAUCGCGUCAGUUGGACAAGAUAAUCGUCUGUGCCUAUGGGAUAUUACUGAAGAUAUCUUGAAAUUCAUUCCUAAUAGUAAAAAAAAUUCUUCAUCAUAUCCAUCAAUACCCUCACCGUCAUCCUCCAAUGGCCAUGCAUCAUUAUCAUCCGACGCAACAGUGAACACUCAACCUGCGCCAAGCAAAACAUCGUUUUCAUCCUUAACAUCACGUCUUUCAUUUGUACGGAAUUCCAAUAAAGUUAACAAAUCUAUUGAUGAUACUCCUGACAUGUCCCUUUUGACAAUAGCCAAUGGAACGUCGAAGAAAUCUCGAAAGUCAUCUCUACUAUCCAGCACAUUGACCGGAUCGAAAUCAUCGUCGUCAAAACUACAAGCGAAUACUGAUGAUUCGAAUCAUGGUUCAUUGUCAACACUAACAAGCAAUCACAAUCAUUCGUCAUCGCGUCGAACGAAUUUCGAUUUAACUAAAAGUACAUUUGGAACUAAUCUAUGUCCGAAACUAGAUGAUAUACAAGUAAUUGAACCAGUUAUAACUGAAUUCAUUGCUCACGAACGUUUAAAUGGAAUUUAUUUCGGUGAAAACUACCUAGUGACAUCUUCACAAGAUGGAAUUAUCGCUAUUUGGGAAAAACCGCAAAAACUUCUAAGUAAUAAUAUCACUGAUGAUCGAACAACGAGUCCAACAACAUUCACUAACAGUAAUACUCAUUAUUCGACAGUUUCUCAACGAUUGUAA